AUGGCGGGCUCCGGCAUGAAUCCUCCAGAUCCCUCGCUGGCCAAGACAGGGAACGUCUCCAAGGCAGGUCUUGUCGGCGAGCAAACUACAUUGCCUCCAAAAGUGCUUUCAUUCCUGCAGUCAGCAGGCGAAUCAGCUGGCAGCGCCGCACCAGGCAAGGGAGGGAACGCCUCGAUUGAUGGGAUUCGACGUGCGGAGAUGGUGUGGCAGAACAUCCAAAGGCGGGCCGCUCGAAAAGCACAGGGGCAGGACCUUGAGCCCCCCAAACAAGUAGUUCGCAGAUCGGGGAGCCAAAGGACGAUACCCUCGCCAGCGGACCCAGGAACGCAAACAUUUGAUGUUGUUGUCUGUGGUGGUACUCUUGGAAUUUUGGUGGCCAGAGCUCUGCAGAAUCAAGGGUAUUCUGUUUGCAUUGUAGAGCGAGGUGUUGUUCGUGGUCGUGACCAAGAAUGGAACAUCAAUGCGCAAGAGCUUGAACCUUUGGUGAGUCAAGGCAUCAUCAGCAGAGAAGAAGCGGCUAAGGCUUUGCAGUCCAGCUGGCCGUCUUCGCGUGUUGGGAUGGAGGGGACUCAUGCAGUGGAGUUCUAUGCUGAAGCCUUGAAUGCUGGUGUCUCACCCAAAGUACUGGUGGACGCAGCACGUCAUCGCUUUGAAAAUGACGGGGGAGUGAUUCUGGAGCGGACGUUGCUCCAAGCCAUCGACGUAUUUGAUGACGGAGCCCUGCUACAACUGAGUCAGAAUCCACCGGAUGCACCGGAUGCACCGGAAGGAAAAGUGCAGUUGAGGGCAAGGCUCGUCCUAGAUGCCAUGGGCGCCGGCUCACCGAUCGUUGCUCAGGCACGAAACGGUAUGCCACCAGACGCAGCUUGCUUAGUGGUUGGGACCAUGGCAAGCGGUUACCCAGUUGAAGCCAACACUUCAGGGGAUUACCUCUACGGCUGCACACCCAAGACAACAGGUCAUCAAGCCUUCUGGGAAGCUUUUCCGUCGGCAAAUGGUGGCAAGGAUGGCACAGAGAGAACAACGUACUACUUUACAUAUGUUCUGCCUGGACUGGAGAACCUCCCGUCCAUCGCAGACGUGUUUGAGGAGUAUGUCGAGGCACUGCCGCAGUAUCAGGACGUUACACUGGAACAGUUGCAGGUUCGAAGAGCCUUGUGUGCGAGCUUCGUGGCCUACAAGGACUCCCCACUACCAACGCCCUUCGACCGGGUGCUCCAAGUGGGCGACGCCGCUGGGAUCCAGUCUCCCCUGUCUUUCGGUGGCUUUGGCGCCCUGUGCCGGCAUCUGCCGCGGUUGACCGAAGCCAUCGGAGAGGCCUUGGCCUUGGAUUUGCUCAAGGCAGAUCACCUCAGCCAGAUUAACCCUUAUCUACCGAAUCUCUCGAUGCAGUGGACCAUGUACCGGUCCAUAGCGCAACCCCCAGAUGACGAGCCGGAGUUUGUCACAAGGAUGAUGGGCGGCAUUCUCAGCGCCUCUGCACGCUGCGGACCGGAGGUCAUGAUGCCCAUCCUUCAAGAUGUCUUCAGCCUGUCUUCCAUGGCCCCUACACUGACUUCCUGGAUGACGCGUGACCCAGCCAUCAUUCCACUCUUUGUGCGGAGUAUGGGCCCAUCCAACGUGGGGGCGGCCUUGAGCCACUUGGGAGCCCUCGGCCUUUACACGGUUCUCUCGAAGUUGGAGCCCCUGCUGCGACCCUACGCGGACUCCCUGCCGGCAACGGAAAGAUUCCAGUGGCAUCGGCGCUUCGAGGCAUGGAAGUACGGAAGCGGUUUGGACUACGAGCACUGA